AUGUUCUAUGACGGAAAGCAAAACUUCCCGAUUGCAACUCACGUCUCUCGCAUCAGUGGUGCCUUCUCUGGCAUGGCUGAAUGUGGAGAUGACAGAGCUGAUUGGAACAGAGUUCGAACACUCUGCGCUGGAAUCAGAGAAUCGGCUCAGCUUGAAAACAUCAUCAGCUUUAUCUGUAACGAUCCAGUGCCGGACAAUAUGGAAGAGGUGGUGGAAGCAGAGGCCGAGGUGGCCGAUAUGGAAGAGGUGGUGGACAAGGUCGUGGAGGUGGUCGAGGUCGAUGCCAAGGCCAAGGAAAUGUGA